UAGCUUGUCGAUUUGCCGCUCGUCAUCGUCGUCCAGGAUGUCGUCAGAAAAUAAAUCCCCACUGUUAGAGCGAGCCCGUAACAUAGUGCCUCACCUCGAGACGGACCGUCAUAAGGGCCAAGCUGGACGUAUCGGCAUCGUGGGCGGUUCGCUAGAGUACACGGGAGCGCCAUAUUUCGCUGCCAUUAGCGCCCUGAAAGUCGGUGCAGAUCUCGUGCACGUGUUCUGCCCGGAAGCGGCUGCCCUGGUCAUUAAAUCGUACAGCCCGGAGCUGAUCGUGCAUCCGUUGCUAGAUUCGAACAACGCCAUUAUACAGAUCGAACCGUGGCUCGAGCGACUACACGUGCUAGUUAUCGGUCCGGGUUUAGGGCGCAACCGGCAGAUUCUGCAGACCGUAGCAGAGUUGAUAAAAAUUUGCCGGCAACUGCAGAAACCGCUCAUCAUCGACGCGGAUGGGUUGUUCCUGAUCACGCAGGACAUUAGCCUCGUGAAGGACUAUUACGGUGUCAUUCUCACGCCGAACGCGAUCGAGUUCUGCCGGCUGUUCGGGAAGGAUCGGGAUCAAAUUAUGCUUGCGCUGGGUCGGCUCGGUGCCGGCGUGACUGUGAUCGAGAAGGGACUGAACGAUCGGAUCUACGAUUCGCUGACGUUGGAGAAGUACGAAUGUCCGCAGGGUGGUUCCGGGCGACGGUGUGGUGGCCAGGGCGAUCUACUCGCCGGAUCACUGGCGACGUUCUACUAUUGGUCGCUGGAAUCGAAGCAGGAAGUUUCACCCGCCAUGGUGGCGUGCUUUGCGGCCAGUACGCUCACGAAAACGUGCAAUAAGUACGCGUUUAAGCUAAAGGGACGCAGCAUGACGUGCAGCGACAUGAUCGACCAGAUCCAUCCCGUGUUUGACGAUCUGUUCGAGCACAAGAAGGAUUAGGGAUGGCCGUUCCGGAGUGCCUACCACUCGGACCAGAGCGUGGCGCUCAUCAUUUAUCGAUACCUCAGAUCUAAACGUUCUCUUCUCGUCGUCGUCGUCAUCGUUAUCGUCAGUGUAUUUGUAGUUGUUUCUAUCCACCAUUGUCAUCGGAUGAUCUGACGCACGAACGAGAUUUUUUACGGGCUGCUUCUGCCGUUUAUCGAGCAACGCAACGAAUACGAAAGGACCGAAGGUUGGGCGAUAAUCAAAGAUAUUGUUUCUUGCAUCGAACACGUGCCAAGUCACCACUGGAUCGAAAUGCUGAAUUCGGGCAACAGGUAAAAGCGUGGGACGUUGGUACAUCUUUCAAUUUGACGCUUUUUCGUCAGUCUUCAUCGUCUAGUCUAGUCAUCGGCAUCUCACGAAUAGCAGGGUCGAAACCGGCAGUCGGCAAUACGGCCGGCUGGAUACAACAAUUUAUAUUCUCGCACGUGUUUUUAAAAUACAAUCUCUAGCGGGAUGAGUCGUUUGUAAGACGGGUUAA